AAACACAUUUCGAUAAAUGUGAUAACAGCAGAAUGUUUACUCAUUUGGAGGUCGGACUGCGUUCUAGAAGGAUAAGCAAAGAGAACACUACUUUUGAAAAUGAGGAAUUUGAAUGCCUUGUACUUUUGUAUUUUACUUAUUGCGAUUGCAGUUUCAAGUGUAUCAGCGAUCAAAUGUUACGUUUGCGUAGGAUGCAAUGACCCUUUUGAUGAGAGUAAUGCUCACACAGCUACCUGCGCAGGAUCCUGUGUGAAAACAAAGACGGAUGGAAUUGUAGGUAGACUUUGCUCACCUAUUAGCGGCGGAGACGAUUGUGAAAGCAAGGAUGGAGUUGAAAUGUGUUCUUGCACGAACGAUCUGUGUAACAGUGCGUCGGGAAUGAGCUUUCCCCUCGUCGGCCUCUGUCUUUCCAUUUUCACAAUGUUUCUGUGGGUAAAAUAAUGGAAACGAAAACGGACGUGUGCAUUAUUUUAGACUUUGUAGUUCAUUUCAAAUUUUCAGUAAGAAGUAUUGUACAAAUUUUUAGGUCGUUUAUUUCAUUUUAUUUGUAAGUUUUUCAGUCUAUAUUCAAUUCUUAGCAUGAUUGUACUGUUACUUGUAUAAAUAUAUAUCCACUCUUCUGUAUUAAAAUUAUACCAAUGGA